AUGACAGGAAGGAAUCAAACGGCCGUCACAGAGUUCCUCCUCCAGGGCCUGCCCAUCGAGUCAGAGCGGAAAAACCUGUUCUAUGCCCUGUUCCUGGUCAUGUAUGUUACCACCGUCCUGGGGAACCUCCUCAUCAUUUUCCUGAUUCGCCUGGACUCUCAGCUCCACACGCCCAUGUAUUUGUUUCUCAGUAACUUGUCCUUCUCUGACCUCUGCUUCUCCUCUGUCACAAUGCCCAAGUUGCUGCACAACAUGCAGAGCCAAGUCCCCUCCAUCCCCUACGCAGGCUGCCUGACCCAAAUGUACUUCUUCAUGCUUUUUGGAGACCUGGAGAGCUUCUUCCUUGUGGCCAUGGCCUAUGACCGCUAUGUGGCCAUCUGCUUCCCCCUGCACUACACCACCAUCAUGAGCCCCAGGCUCUGUCUCUCCCUGGUGGCGCUGUCCUGGGCGCUGACCACUUUGGAUGCCAUGUUACACACUCUGCUCAUGGCCAGGUUGUAUAUGACAGGAAGGAACCAAACUGCCGUCACAGAGUUCCUCCUCCAGGGCCUGCCCAUCCAGUCAGAGCAGAAAAGCCUGUUCUAUGCCCUGUUCCUGGUCAUGUAUGUUACCACCGUCCUGGGGAACCUCCUCAUCAUUUUCCUGAUUCGCCUGGACUCUCAGCUCCACACGCCCAUGUAUUUGUUUCUCAGUAACUUGUCCUUCUCUGACCUCUGCUUCUCCUCUGUCACAAUGCCCAAGUUGCUGCACAACAUGCAGAGCCAAGUCCCAUCCAUCCCCUAUGCAGGCUGCCUGACCCAGAUGUACUUCUUCCUAUUUUUUGGAGACCUGGAGAGCUUCCUCCUUGUGGCCAUGGCCUAUGACCGCUAUGUGGCCAUCUGCUUCCCCCUGCACUACACCACCAUCAUGAGCCCCAGGCUCUGUCUCUCCCUGGUGGCGCUGUCCUGGGGGCUGACCACGUUGCAUGCCAUGUUACACACUCUGCUCAUGGCCAGGUUGUGUUUUUGUGCCGACAAUGUGAUUCCUCACUUUUUCUGUGACAUGUCUGCUCUGCUGAAGCUGUCCUGCUCUGACACGCGAGUUAAUGACUUGGUGAUAUUUACCAUCGGAGGACUCAUUGUUGUCAUCCCGUUCCUACUCAUCAUCCUGUCCUAUGCACGAAUUGUUUCAUCCAUCUUCAAGGUCCCUUCUGCUAGAGGUAUGCGCAAGGCCUUCUCCACCUGUGGCUCCCACCUGGCUGUGGUGUCACUGUUCUUUGGGGCAAUUAUUGCUCUUUAUUUAUGCCCAUCAGCUGAUAAUUCUACUGUGAAGGAGAUGGUCAUGGCUAUGAUGUAUACUGUGGUGACGCCCAUGCUGAACCCGUUCAUCUACAGCCUGAGGAACAGAGACAUGAAGGGAGCCCUGGGAAGAGUCUUUUGUAGAAAGAUAACUCCCUUUUCUGUAUGA